AUGGGGAAACAAUUAUCAGUUAGCUAUAGUAUUGUUAAUUUAUCUAUUAAUUUAUUUUAAAAUGCUUAGAUAGUUGAUACGUUAUUCUUUGAAACUUCUUCAAUUAGCAUAUAUCCUUACUUUUAAUAAUUAAUAUUAAUAAAUGAUAGCAUAUUUUUAUUUUUUUAGUUUAAAAAUUUAACUAUAGUUAAAGUUGAUUUUGAAGAGAUUAAACUAGAAAUAUGUAUGCAAAUAAACAUAUUUAGUUUACCUGAUAAUUACUUCUAUGAUCAAGUGAGAAAUCAAAUAUUUAUGUUGUACUAAUAAAAUUUAUAGCUAAGCUAAUUAAACUUAAACAAUACGAAUCCUAUAGAAACUUUUUUAUUCAAUUUUAAUGAAGGAGAUACUACUCAAUCUUUUAUUUUAAGCGAUUUUAUUAUUCUUCCCUCUACUAACACAAUAUAAAUAUAUAAUUAUAUUUAAAACUAAAAUUACUAAUGGCUUUUUCCAAGUGAUUCUCUAAUUAAGUUUGUUUUUAAACUAUAAUUUAAAGAUUAUGAUAAUUACUCUACGAAUUGGUGGAAUGUUCCAUUUGACUAUGAAGAAAGAUAUAAUAACAAUGAUAGCUAAGAAUAAGAUUAAAAGCUUAUAUGCAUAGUAACUUAAGGAUUAAACGACUUAAAUGUCUAAAUAAUAAAUGUCGGAACCAAAUAGAUAAUAAAUUCUUAUUAUGUUUAUUAUUCUUAAAUAACUAAUAUUGUAGGUGAUCCUUUUAGAAAACUCAUAUAUAUGGUUAAUAACUAAGGGAAUACAUUAGUGUUUUCAUAUACAUUAAAUUUGAUAACAAAUAUUUAAAAUGCUUGUUUAAAAUAAGCAAUUAUUUCUUAUGAUUCUGAUUUUGUAUACUCCAUAUGUCCUAAUGACAUUAUAAUUUAUAAUGGGCUAAGUUUCUAGUAGUAAUUCCCAUAAAUUAAUCAUGGAAUUUAAGAAGUUUAAAAUUUUAUUAACACCAGGUAUAAUAACUACUUUAUAAUAAUUUAAAAAUUUAAAUUUUCUGUUAUUUAAAUGGAUGCUUUAACUGAUUAUAAAUUAAUAUAUGAAACUAAUCAAAGUUAUUAGAAGCUACUGAAUAUGUAAAUUGUUUAAAAUUCAAGUUUAUAGAAUUAUUUAGAUCUGUUACUCUGUUCGUAUGAAAGUACACAUCGCUUAACAAUACCUUUAUAAUAGAACUAAACAUGCUAUAUAGGUAUUUAAUAAUAAAAUAGACCCCUUGAAAACAUUUACACAAAUAUGACACUAAUAUAAAGUUUGACAAAUUUAUAAAAUUCAAAUUCUAAUUAGAAGCUCACUCUUAUCGAAAUAGAAUAUCAAGAUGGAUAAUAUUUGUAAACUGUAAAUUUUAAUUAAAUUAAUAAAGGGAAUUUAGAUUAAAAUUAUGAAAUGACUUUUAAAUGUUUAAUAUGA